AUGAGGGGGAACUGCCCUCUAGGGAGACGUUCCCUGCCUGGGGUCUCCUUAUGUCAGGGACCAGGUUACCCUGACAGCAGGAAGAUUGUCAUUAACAAUAGUAGUGUCUUCAGUGUGCGCUUCUUCAGAACUACAGCUGUGUGCAAGGAUGAUGUGAUUACAGUAAAAACCCCAGCGUUUGCAGAAUCUGUCACAGAAGGAGAUGUCAGGUGGGAGAAAGCUGUUGGAGACACAGUUGCAGAAGAUGAAGUGGUUUGUGAGAUUGAAACUGACAAGACAUCCGUGCAGGUUCCAUCACCAGCCAAUGGCGUUAUUGAAGCUCUCUUGGUACCUGAUGGGGGGAAAGUAGAAGGAGGCACUCCUCUUUUCACACUCAGGAAAACUGGCGCUGCUCCUGCUAAGGCCAAGCCAACCGAAGCCCCUGCUGCCGCAGAACCUGUAGCAUCGGCAGUUCCUCCUCCCCCUGCAGCAUCCAUACCCACUCAGAUGCCACCGGUGCCCUCGCCCUCGCAACCUCCUGCCAGCAAACCGGUGUCUGCAGUAAAACCCACUGCUGCUCGUCCAGCAGCUGAGCCAGGAGCUGGUCAAGGUCUGCGUUCAGAACAUCGGGAGAAAAUGAACAGGAUGCGGCAACGCAUUGCUCAGCGCCUGAAGGAGGCCCAGAAUACAUGUGCGAUGCUGACGACUUUCAAUGAGAUUGAUAUGAGUAACAUCCAAGAGAUGAGGGCCCGGCACAAAGAUGCUUUUCUGAAGAAACAUAACCUCAAACUGGGCUUUAUGUCGGCGUUUGUGAAGGCCUCAGCCUUUGCUUUGCAGGAACAACCUGUUGUAAAUGCAGUGAUUGAUGAUGCAACCAAAGAGGUGGUAUAUAGGGAUUACAUUGACAUCAGCGUUGCGGUGGCCACCCCACGGGGUCUGGUGGUUCCCGUCAUCAGGAACGUGGAAACUAUGAAUUAUGCAGAUAUUGAGCGAACCAUCAGUGAACUGGGCGAGAAGGCCCGAAAGAAUGAACUUGCCAUUGAAGAUAUGGAUGGUGGUACUUUCACCAUUAGCAAUGGAGGUGUUUUCGGCUCCCUCUUUGGAACACCUAUUAUCAACCCCCCUCAGUCUGCCAUCCUGGGCAUGCACGCCAUCUUUGAUAGGCCAGUGGCCGUGGGAGGCAAGGUGGAGGUACGGCCCAUGAUGUUCGUGGCACUGACCUAUGAUCACCGGCUAAUCGACGGCAGAGAGGCGGUGACUUUCCUCCGCAAAAUCAAGGCAGCGGUAGAGGAUCCCAGAAUCCUCCUACUGGACCUUUAGGAGGAAGUCACACCCCAACCCAUUGACCAUGCAGGAACUGAAAACCAGUCUUCUCCCUGCCCCCACGUGGGUCCCAGAUUAGCCUGGUGACAGACAGGCACAUGCUGUUGGCCUCAAGCAAGGAAGCCAGGGCACUAUGUAACCAGCAGUCACAGGUCUUGGUGUUCCUACCAGGCUCUCCCCCUCUCUGCUCCCUCUCUCAACACUCAAAUAUCUUAUUUCCUUAGGCUUGAGGGAGACAGGGAGAGAGAGAGCCUUAAUGGAUGCUCAUUACUAUUCCUGCCUUUCUUCCAUUAGCCCUCUGCCAAGAUAAUGUUGCUUCUCCCCUGUGCCAGUAUGCUAUAGGGAAACCACUGGGGACCAUGUGAUUAAGUUUCAAUCUUUCAAAAGUGUAUUCUCCAGAGCUGCCUGGGAGGGUGCUGUGCCUCCCCAGCUCAGAGCAGCCUCUGCCAUGCUGUGCACAUUCUCACUUGAUUCCACCUGUGUGGAGGUAUUGACCACAGGCCAAGAGGUGCUGCUUUGCUUCUUAAAUGCACCUUCAUUCUCAGCUGUCAUUGACUUCAAGAUGCCUCUUCUACCUCUUCCAGGAAGCACAGGCCAGGGGAUCUGGGUAGGAGGGGUGUUGGCAGUGUUGAGGGGAGAGGGCAGAUUCCCGUUGAGGUCAUAAGUUGUAAACAAGGGAACAGAACCCAGGCCUGCCCUCCGUCUCCCUGUCAUAACCUCACACCAGGAAGACCCAUUUUGGCACCAUCACACACAACUGCAGUUGUGCCAGCCUUUCCAGGUUGUUAGGAACAUUCUAGCACAUCGUUUCUCAUCUAGAGCCGAUUCUAGCACAUCGUGGCCGUGGAGGGUGGACUGGAGCCUGGUAGAGACGGGGUGAGGGGGCUUCCUGUGGACUGGCUCAGAUUGACCUGAGCUUUUAAAUUCCAUUGGUAUAAGCACGUGGACUGAAGAGGCAGUUCUGUUCGUUCCUGUUUCGUGGCCCUUGGGAAGGGGGGCUGUAGCUCUUCCUCUUCAGAGCACAGGCCUCGAAUGGACUGUGGUGGAAACGAGCCCCAAGGUGCUAGGACUCGGGGGGAUGAGCCCUGUUGCCUCUGAGGUACUGCCGGUGGGUCGGCACAUCCAAUGGAAUUCCUUGGAACGUGGUUAAAGGCACACAUCUUGUCCUGAAAGCUACCAGGCCUCAUUGCUUUGAAUUCCACUGCAUUCAGGCCUGAGGCUGCUGACACUUGACACCGGGAGCCAUUUAAGUGCCCGUUAGUAUCUUCCAUCUUGAGCGAAGAAGCGAGGCCUGGGGAUGGGGGGGAAGGGAUGGGAGCCAAUACUGAGUGCCUGCAGCAUCUGCUAUGUCUUCACUAUUCAGAACUCGUAACUGAAAUAUUUAAAGAAACUGAUUUUAAAUGCAAAUUAAAGGGCAAAUGUUCUCAAACAGG